AUGAGUACCCCAGAACCCGUCCAGCCACCCGCUGUCAUCGAAGCCGAUCCGGACACGGCUGGAGAUGUCGAAAGCCGCGGCGGCGACGCCGGCGGCUCAGACUCCGACUCCUCUCUCGGUGCCGAGCUGUCGUCCUCCACUGCCUCUUUACAUAGCAGCAUUCUGAAAUACCGCGAAGAAAACGGUCGAACAUACCAUGCGUACAAGGAUGGCGUCUACCUCAUCCCUAACGAUGAGCCAGAGAACGAGCGCCUGGAUCUGCAACAUCACCUUUUCCUCCUUACCUUCGAUGACAAGCUGCACCUUGCGCCCUUGUCUUCCGAAAACCCCCCCAAGCGCGUGUUGGAUAUUGGAACCGGCACCGGGAUAUGGGCGACAGACUUCGCGGAACAGUACCCCGAGUCACACCUGAUCGGCAUAGAUCUUUCUCCCAUCCAACCGGCGUUCGUGCCCCCGAACGUGAGCUUCCAGAUCGAUGACAUUGAGGAGGAAUGGACCUUUUCCCAAAAGUUUGAUUUUGUGUAUAGUCGCAUGAUGACGGCCGCUAUUGCAGAUUUCCCAAAAAUGUUUCGGCAAUCCUACGAAAACCUGAACCCCGGAGGUUGGAUUGAGAUCACAGACAUCGCGCCGAUUACAUCCGACGAUGGCACGCUGGGGGAGGAUACGGCGCUUUAUCGAUGGGCUGAUCAGCUUCUGAAAGGAACACAGGCGAUUGGAAGGCCGUUCGACGGAGCUAAGCUGUAUAAAAAACAGCUUGAGGAGGCCGGCUUCGUGAAUGUCACCGAGGUCGUAUUCAAGUGGCCGCAGAACAGGUGGCCGAAACAUUCACGGUACAAGGAGCUCGGCCUAUGGACGCUGGAGAACAUCACGUCUGGGCUGGAAGCGCUCAGCGUGGCGGUAUACACACGGGUUCUAGGCUGGUCCAAAGAAAGCGUAGAUGUUUUCUUGGCCGAAGUAAGACGUGACAUGAAGAACACUGCAAUCCAUUCUUACUGGCCCAUCUACGUUGUGUACGGCCAGAAGCCGGAAUGA